UAGUUGCAAAAAGGACAUAGAUACAGCAACAAAAAAGAAGAUAAAAAUGUGUUCUUUGAUGUUGUUCUAUAAGGUCCAGAUAAGGAAAGUCUUUCAUUACAUUAUCUUGUCCCCUUCAUUCUUUGUCUAUUUUCUUCGUUCUUUGUCUAUUUUUGUUAAACCAGAACCAGACGUUACAGUUGCUUUUGUGAAAUACCACAUUUUGAUCUGUACGCAGGUUCUUCAGACACCAGAUUUUCGAAAUAGUGAAGCAGCUGAUGAAAUUCGACAACGUGAGUUGUUUAAGACACAUAUUACAUCUCAUGUACUUGCAGUAUUGCAUAAACAUGAUAGACUGAAAUGACAUGGCUAAUCCUUGAUUUAAUUCUUCAACUUGGCCUACAAUCCGUGCUUACACUCACUUUCAGUCAAGGUUUCUCUCAUGGAUUUACUACUCUAGGCACGAGGUGCUCCUUUCUCAGAAAAUCCACUUGUAAAUAAUUAGUUUGAACUUGAAGCAUUUGAAAUUUGGACUGUGGUUAAUGGUUACACGAGUCCUUUUGGCUCUAUUUUGCAUGAAAGCACGACACAUUGGCCAGUUUCAUUGUUUAGAAAUGAAGCUUCUGAUGGAUCUAUACAAACAGAUGGCCAAGGAUGCAGGAGACACACACAGGAAGUUUGUGUCGGAAACACAGCAUUCGACACAUGACAGUGAUCCUGCGAAAGAAAACCAAGAUGGCAAACAACAAAAGCAUCUUCAACCAAGAUGCUCUGUAGAGAAGCCAGUGCAAGCUCGUACUCGGUCGAUCCCUCUCAGCUCAUAUAAGAAACCAGUUGCUAGCCAACUACAAGGGAGCUACAUUGUGGGGGGUUCAGCUUUUGGUUGGAACUUCAUCACAUUUUCAGGCAGUAAACCAAUCUAUUAUGGGGUGACAAAGGAGGAAUAUCGAAGCAGAAACAACACAUCGGGAACACGGUCUGUAGUAUAGUGAGUUAGAAACACCAACAGUUUGCUACGAAACAGGGGAAAGAGGCUACCCCAUUAUUUUGCUGAUACUAAAGACGUUCUGUAUAUAGAUGUUUUGUCACACAGAUACAAGUGCAUUGCAGUAUUUCUGCUGAAAAAGAUAAAAAAAUUUGGUAAC